UCAAGAACAAAGCUCAUUUUGCAAGUAUGUUUGUAGCCAUAUUAUUUGGCCUUCGGUGCUACGAUCUGUCAGUAGUCAACUCGCUCGGGAGGUAAGACUUGCAAGUAAAGAGCCAUCCAGGCAAUGUUGCGGGGACGUAUCCCUACCUGCUUCACUAGCGCUUCGCUCAAAUUAGCCUCAAUGACGACAAUGUUGUAACUUGGAGCUCUGAUAACUGUAAAAUUGGUGACAAUAGAGUUCCAGAUUGUACAUCUCAGUGACCAUGUAUUUCUACGAUGUGUUGACUAAACGCUAAUUGUACAUAUCAGAAAGACACGCAGACUCGAUUGGUAAGUGUUAGUGCGUGUUGAACGGUGUUAGAAACCCCAAACCUUUGAGAAAAGCGAUUAUUGCUAGGUGUACGGAAUUGCCCCACCCACCCAAUCUGACCUUCCCUGACAUUUAUCCUGUUUCUAAUCGAGGUGAGCAAAGACAUGACCACGAACUUUCCUGUAUGUAGUGCAGUGACCAAUGCUAACGACAGCUACAACAACAAGUUAAAACGGCGCGUUGUCUACACCAUAUGCGUCACCGAAGGCAAAUGUAUACGGAAUUACCCCAGAUUACCCUAUUGUUUCUUCCAAAUUGUUUGUUGUUUGCUGUGCUAAUCGAUUUUCUUGUGUUCUUUUAGUUUAUGCUUAGGUCUGCUUUGUGAUGCUGUCCAUAUAGGAAUUAUGAAGAGACAAUCCGUAAAUUGCUUCGAUUUCUGUUGCUUGUUUGUGGGAGGGAUCUGAGGCCUGCACAACCGUUUCAUAAUUUAAAGUUAAGAUUUAGAAAAUAAUUUUGUUUUAUACAAGCCGGUCCUGGGUCGUUGAAUAUAUAGAUAUAGCCGUUUGCAGCUUAUGUCUCAUUCGUGAGAAUUCGGUCGGAUCUCAUUUGCACGAAGGACAAACAUGCAUGAACAACGUCUGUCACACAUGCUUAUAUUUAAGCUUACUGCAUAUUGACAACUACUGUGCACGUUUCUGCGAAGGUCAUUAAUUAACACUCAAUUUUCAACUUCAAAGCGUAGAAAUUUUGGUUCUAUCUCGUCUAGUAAACAAUCUGGAUAUGAGAAUCUGUGCCUGCCUCAUCGCCAGAGAACUCUAUAUGAACCGGCCGGGUAGUUGUGUUCAAGUGGGUAACUGUAGUGAGUAGUACUGUUAUAUGGGUACUUGAUAGCCGGGACUGAGCCUAACAGAACAGAGCCACUACACGCUUUACUGCGAAGAGAAAAUCAAGGGUUUGGGGACCAGAGAAACAGAAAUCAUUCGACCAAGUGAAGAAAGAGCUUGCAUAAAGCCCAGUUCUUGCAUUGUAUGAUGUGAGUCGCGAGACUGUAGUGUCUCCUCCUCUUCAUUUGGGUUAGGGGCUGUUCUAUGCCAGAAGCAACCCACAGGAGAGGAAAAGAUAGUAGCGUAUGCUUUGCAGUUCCUUUCAGCCACAGAAAGGAGAUAUACUCAGAUAGAAAGGGAGCACUGGCAAUCACCUGGGCCGCUGAGAAAUUUGCUUCUUUUUCUUAUUGACAAGACUUUCCUCGUGGAGACAGAUCACAAACCACUAGUUACACUUCUGAGUACAAAAGGGCUGGACGAGCUACCUCCAAGGAUUCAACGUUUCCGUAUGCGUCUAUUUCAAUUUCAGUAUCAGAUCAUGCACGUUCCAGGCAAAGAUCUGAUUGUAGCAGAUACAAUCUCUCGUCAACCACUGCCUGAGUACGAUGACGCCAACCGCAUCCUAGAAUGUGAAGUCGAGAAUUAUACAUGCAGCUUCAUGCGUUCACUAACAGCUUCUGAGGAAAGACUGAAGCGAAUUAAAAAGUUACAAGACCAGGAUCCCACCCUCUAUUGUGUCAAGACCUUCACAUCUACCGAGUAGCCGAGCACUUUGGGGGAGACAUGAGACGUACUGGAAUCUACGCGACGAGUUAUAUGUGGAACGUGUUACUACUGAGAUGGUCGGAAUUUGCUAGUCCUUUGUCUAUGCGACAAGAGGUAAUAUUCACACUGCAUUCAAGUCACCAGAGAGUCACAAAAUGCCGUGAUCGAGCCCGCCAAGCAGUAUGGUGGCCUGGGAUAGGACAAAAUAUCAAACAACUGGUCUCCUCUUGUCCAACCUGCUGCAAAGAUCGGAAAAAUCCCAUGGAGCCACUUCUACCCACACCCUUUCCAACCUACCGUUGUCACAAAGUCGCUACCGACUUGUUUGAAUGGAAAGGAAAUGACUAUCUCCUGGUUAUCGACUAUUUUAUUCCAGAUAUGUAUCAAGACAGCGCUGCUCACGAGUACGACACCUCGUGCAAUUAUCAAUCAUUUGAAAUCAAUGUUUUCCCGGCAAGGACUGCCAGAAGAAUUCUUCUCCGACAAUGGUCAUCUGAGGCCUUCGCAUCAUUUGCGAGCGCAUACAAAUUCAGGCAUACAUCAUCCAGUACGCGCUUCCCGCAGGCAAACGUAGAAGCUGAGAGAGCAGUUGCAACAGUUAAAGCUUUUCUUAGGAAGUGUCAGGACUCUUACAUGGCUUUACUGUCGUACCGACCUAGUCCACUUUCAAACGGAUAUAGCCCAGCAGAAUUGCCGAUGGCCAGCAAGAUUCGAACAAACGUUCCUAUGGUUGAGAAAGAGCUAAUACCCAAACAACCAAACGUAAUAUCACUGGCAGAUUGGGAACGAAAGAGGAAAGAGAAAAUGAAACAAUGGUUUGACCGACACCACAAGGCUAGAGAGUUACCUCAGUUGUCUCCAGGUACAGGAGUAUGGAUUCCUGACCAGAAGCAAUUUGGAUCAGUAAUCUCGAGCUCAAGCAAUCGAUCGUACUUGGUAAAAAACGCCUACACGUACCAUACACGCAACCGACGAAGUCUAAAUCCAAUCCUUUUUGCGCGACUCUGAACAACAAUCUACUGAAGAAGUUUCUCGUGAGUCUGAGCCACAACGGCAAUCUGAGAAACCAAUGACUAAAGCGUGGGAAUAGUAGCAAGACAGUCCUAACGCUAAUGCUACUUCGUUGCAGAUGACCGAGCAAUCCAGCAAGACAACGGUGCUAAUUGCAAGUACUGGAGUAACUGUUUUACGCUCUGGUAGAGUUAUCCGCCCUCCCAGAAACUAGAUCUUUAGCUUGAAAAGGAGAGAUGUAGUGUGAGUAGUACUGUUAUACGGGUACUUGAUAUCCAGAACUUAUGUAUGUAACGAAUAAGCACGUGUUGUAUUGUGUUGUCUUCUAA